GGGCUCUGGCGGACCGCGCUGUCUGGACGUCAUGGCCGCUUCCCGCAUACCCCCAGCGACGCUAACGCUAAAGCAGUUCGUGAGAAGGCAACAAGUUCUCCUCCUCUACAGAAGGAUUUUGCAGGCAAUUCGGCAAGUUCCAAAUGAUUCUGAUCGCAAAUACCUGAAGGACUGGGCAAGGGAAGAAUUCAAAAGAAACAAAAGUGCCACCGAAGAGGACACAAUCCGGAUGAUGAUUACUCAAGGCAAUAUGCAGCUCAAAGAGUUAGAAAAAACACUUGCUUUAGCCAGAUCUUAACUACAGCAUUGUUCUGAAAGGUUUUCAAAGUCUCCAUGUGUUUAGUUGAGCUUAGGCUCAACAGUGGGUAGCCCAAAGCCAAGUGAAACUAUCUGUACAUAGAGCCCUUGAGCAAAAUGUCAGAACAUGGAGCAUGGCAUAUCAGAGAGAGCCAAGAAAAGGGCAUAAAAGCAAUUGUCUUAGCACUGAAAACAUACCUUUUAUUUUGAAAAUGUUCUUGGAUAUGUCAGCAGUUUUUGGAAGAAGCAAAAAUCAGUACAAUAGAUAGCACAUAAAAAGAUGUUCAACACCAUUAAUCAUUAGGAAAAUGCAAAUCAAAACCACCAAGAGAUACUAUUUACAUCCACUAGAAUGGCUGUAAUUAAAAAGGGAGAUAAUUGCAAAUGUUGGUGAGGAUGUGGAGAAACUGGAACUCUUAAACACUGCUGGUGGGACUAUAAAAUUGUGCAGCCACUGUGGAAAAAAGACUGUCAGUUGCCCAAAAGGUUAAACAGCAUUAUUCAUAAUAGCCAAAAAGUAGACAAUCCAAAUGCCCAUCAGCUGAUUAAUGGAUAAGUAAAACGUGGUAUACCCAUACAAUAAAAUAUUAUUUAGCAAACAAAAAGGGAUGAAGUACUGAUACAUGCUACACCUGGAUGAACCUUGAAAACAUUAAGUGGCCAGUCACAAAAGAUCAUGUAUUGUAUGAUUCUAUUUAUAUGAAUGCACAACUCUGAAUAUACUAAAAUCUACUGAACUGUACAUUUUACAGGUAUGAUAUGUGAAUUAUAUCUGAAUAAAGCCAUUUUUCCCCAA